GGAAAACCAUAGACCCAUAAAUCUAUCCAUAGACAAGCAAGUUUAUGUUUUACGUUGUUGUCAAACAUAAAUCUAACCUUUACCACCGGUAUAAAAUCUGCAAUUUUGCAAUUAUUUUGUAGCUUUCAAGACAAAAUGAAGGAAAAUAAUGGACAAGACAUUGAUACCAGGAAUGUUGUUAAGAACAGGGAGUUGCUAUAUCGCAUGAUCAUCAGCCAGCUUUACUAUGAUGGCUUCCAGCCCAUAGCCGCUACGCUGGCAGCGGCUGUACAUGCGGACCCGUGCCCUCCGAGUGACAGGUUGUUGAAUGUGAUGAUGGUAGGUCUCCAGCAUGAGCCGGAUCGUAAGGACCGUCUGGCAGCCUCCAGCGGUGCCGAGCACUUGCUUGGAACUACAGGUUUCGACUUGGAGUACGAGAUGGACGCAUCCUCCCUCGCCCCCGAACCAGCGACCUACGAGACGGCCUACGUGACGUCACACAAGAUGGCGUGCCGCGCCGGCGCAUUCAGCGCGUGCGGCCAGCUAGUGGCUACGGGGAGUGUUGACGCUAGUAUCAAGAUCUUGGACGUGGAGCGUAUGCUGGCCAAAUCGGCGCCUGAAGAAGUGGACCCGGGCCGAGAGCAGCAGGGGCACCCUGUUAUUAGGACCCUGUACGAUCACACGGAUGAGAUAACGGCCCUGGACUUUCAUCCUCGUGAACAGAUCCUGGUGUCGGCCUCUCGUGAUUGCUGCAUCAAGCUUUUCGAUAUCACCAAGGCGAGCGCCAAGAAGGCCUACAAAAGUAUCACGGACGCCGAGCAAGUCCUAUGCGUAGCUUUCCAUCCCCUGGGUGACCACAUCAUCGCUUCCACCACCCACCCCGUGAUACGUCUGUAUGACGUCACAACCAGCCAAUGCUUCGUGUGUCCCGUACCCAGCCAUCAUCACACCAAACAAGUCAAUGCUAUCAAGUUCUCACCGAACGGCAAAUACUUCGCUAGCGGCAGUGCCGACGGCUGCGUCAAACUGUGGGACACCGUUUCUAAUCGCUGUUUCAACACAUUCGUGAACGCGCACGACGGUUCCGAAGUGUGCUCCGUCACCUUUACGAGGAACAGCAAGUAUCUCCUGACUUCUGGUAUGGACUCUUCUAUAAAACUAUGGGAGCUGUCGAGCAGCAGAUGUCUUAUUCAGUACACUGGGGCAGGAACAACCGGCAAGCAGGAGCAUCACGCGCAAGCCAUAUUCAACCACACUGAAGAUUAUGUCAUCUUCCCUGACGAAGCUACUACUUCCUUAUGCACUUGGCACUCUAGAAGCGCGUCUAGAGGUCAACUCAUGUCCCUGGGACAUAACGGCGCUGUCAGACACAUCGUGCACUCGGGCACGGCGCCCGCCUUCCUGACCUGCAGCGAUGACUACAGGGCGCGCUUCUGGUUUAGGCGUAACACGCAUUAAUAUCUACACGUUACCAAAGA